AAUUUUGGCACAAUAAACAAACAUCAUUCAUUCAUUCAUUCAUGCGUAUAUACACGCGUGUGAAUCGAGCAGUGCGGAGUGCUCUUCAUUUACAGUAUAUUUAUAUAUAACUGUUUGAGCGCGUCGAGAUCAUGCGAGCAGACGCACGCUUGUUGCGACAGCCAAUCGGAAGCAGUAAUAUUAGUUCUGGAGACUGUAGUCGCAUUGUCUUGCAUACGUAUGAUGCGUGAGUGUGUCAUAUAUACGUACGUAUGUGCUUGUGCUGUCGAGCGCUUUUAAUUGUAUACAAAAUUUGUAUAUGGGUAGCUGGUGAUUCAAGAUCUAUUUUUCGACCUAUAUAAAAGAGAGAUUUGCAGAAGAAAAGAAAUAUACCAAAGUAUUAAGGAUCGAACAUAUUCUUGAUGUACUCGGGCCGCGAGGCUGAGCAAUAUUCUAAGGAAAGUAUUGUACAAGAUACAAAGAUUGGACAAUAUCUCUCCUUAUCUUUCAUUGACAAUUUUCUGACUUUUGAAGAUAUGCUAAAAACUGAUCAAGAAGCUUUCAUGCAAGUUGUGAACAAGGUUAUGUUAAUUGGAGGGAAACAUGAAAAGGAUUUUAUUAGAAGAAGUUUGAGUGCUACAUUUUCUGAUGACUUAGCCUCCAUGUGUUCAUGGACUGGCCAAAAAAAUAAUUAUAAAAUUGGAGAUACGCACACAAUUCUGAGCAUUAAAAAAGCUUUUAGAGCAAUAUUCCCUUGGAAUACAGAAAAAGAUUUUGAACACUUUGUAAUGGAGUGGUUCAGAUUCGCAAACGUCCGAAGUGAUAAAUAUAUUAUCUUACUUGCGUGGCUCCGCGCGAGUGAUUAUUAUAGUAACAAAAGGGUAGUGAAUCGACUCGUCGUAAUAGAAAACUCUCUCUUUAUUUCAAAACGCCUCUUCAUUCGAUCACUCCCUACGCAAGACUGUUCUCGACUCUCUUCCUUCGCUUUUUUUAACAAUUUCGCAUCGCUUCCCGCUCGCGUCUACCUAUCUGCGCGUUACAGUUCCGAUUCUAAUCCCGCGUCUUUCAAAUCUCCUUGCUCUACCUCCUCCUGCCUUACAGCUUCGGCCGUCCUGACUACAAGGCCGCCUCGGCCGUCUUCUUCUACUUCCUCUACGGGAUCGUCUCUACGCCAGGGCUUCAUAUUUGCGCUUUCCCAUACACCUUGGUACGGUCGCUGAGAGAGCUAGUGUCCCUCGACAUCG